AUGAGGGUAACAAUUCGAAUCUUGGUUCCAUUACUGCUGAUGAUAAAUUCAUCCGCAGGAAUAUAUAUUUUGGAGCUCCUCGCCGAUUAUGGACUAACACGCCCUUAUGGAAUGAGAAUCGAAAAUUUACCAAGAUUCAAUGAGUAUGAUUUCAUCAUUGUGGGUUCCGGGCCUGGUGGUGCUCCAGUAGCCAAUCGCCUAUCAGAAAAUCAAAAUUGGAAGGUUUUACUUCUAGAAGCUGGUAAACCAGAAGGAAUUUUGCACCAAAUACCGGCAGUUUCUUUGGUGGGAUCGGAAUACGACUGGCAAUACGUGAGUGUACCUCAGAAAAAAGCCUCCUUAGGUUUGAUAGAUCGAAGAGGUGCCCACACAAAGGGAAAAUCGGUGGGUGGUUCGAGUUCCAUAAAUGGCAUGAUUUACGCUAGAGGAAAUAGAAUUGAUUUCGACCUUUGGGCUAAACAAGGAAACUAUGGUUGGUCGUAUGAUGAGAUAUUGCCGUAUUUCAAGAAGAGUGAACGAGCUAGACUGGAAGAACCAGUCGACGACCAUUAUCAUGGCAGGGAGGGAUAUUUACACGUGCAGAAUGCACUGUGGCGCACGCCUCUUUCAACAGCUUUCGUAAAUUCCGCGAAAGAACUAGGAUAUGACGUUAUAGACUACAAUGGGGAAAAGCAAGUUGGAUUCUCCUAUUCUCAUUCGACAAGGUUGGAUGGUUCGCGAUGCAGUGCUUCGAGGGCAUUCCUUCGUGUAAAGCGGUUGAACUUGGAUAUUGUACCAGAAGCGACUGUAGCAAAAGUAUUAAUUGACAAGAACAAUCGUGCCUAUGGUGUCGAGUUUAUAAAAAACAACAAGACAUACCGAAUUAAUGCGAGUAAAGAGGUGAUUCUAUCUGCCGGAACGAUCAACACACCCCAACUAUUGAUGCUAUCUGGAAUUGGACCUAAAAAACAUCUCGACGAAUUGGGAAUUAAAGUUGUAAAGGAUGCGAAAGUUGGAUAUAACUUGUGUGAUCAUGUGAGUUUUCCUGGACUCACGUUUCUGGUGAACCAAAGUGUCAGUUUGAUUCUAAAAAACAUACGAACCCCAGAAAGUGCACUAGAAUAUGCUGUCAAUGGAACUGGGCCGUAUUCUACAACUGGUGGCGAAGCACUUGCAUUCACCCGUACAAAAUAUGCAACUGAUGUCAGACCAGACCUUGAAUUGUUUUUUUCCGGAGGGGCGAUGCAUGCGGAUAAUGAUGGAGGCCUUCGAGUGUCGCGCCGUGUGAGCCAAGAAAUUUAUGACACAGUUUGGAAGCCCAUUGAGGGCCAAGACGCCUGGAUGAUCCUACCAGCUGUUCAACUAUCUCGUAGCAAAGGACGCAUUAAGCUAAAAUCAACUAAUAUUGAGGAUCAUCCCAUAAUUGAUCCCAACCUUUUGCACGAUCCAAUCGAUUUAGAAAUUCUUGUAGAAGGUAUUAAACUCUCAAUAGCGGUAUCUAAAACCAAAGCUUUCCAACAAUAUGGCAGUAAACUACAUGAUAUAAAAAUUCCUGGGUGCGAGAAUUUCGAAUUUGCCACCGAUGAUUACUGGUAUUGCGCAGCUAAACAUUUAACAAUUCCCUUCCUUCAUGAAGUCGGUACCGCCAAGAUGGGGCCAUCCUCAGAUUCUACUGCCGUCGUUGACCCUGAAUUAAGAGUAUAUGGAGUAAAGGGUUUGAGGGUUGUCGAUGCAUCUAUAAUGCCGGAGGUACCAGUGGGUCAUUUGGUGGCAACAGUUUACAUGAUCGGCGAAAAAGGUGCUGAUAUGAUCAAAUGUGCAUGGUCUACCUAGAAAAUGCAGCAUCAACUAUUCCUUCUCACAUAACCAAUAAUCCUUGGAUGUAUUUAUAAUGUAGUGAAUAAAGACGUGGGAUUGAAAAAUCUAUCCAUAUAGUACCUCGAA